GCCGCCGCUGCCCGUGCAAUAUGCUGGAGCUCCAGAACAGCUAAACGGAGUCGCCACACCGCUGCCUGGGCUGGAUCGCAGCGCUGCCUUUCCUUAUGAAGAAGACACAAACUUGGAUUUUCACUUGCAUUUAUCUUCAACUGCUCCUGUUUAAUCCUCUCGUCAAAACUAAAGGGAUCUGCGGGAAUCGUGUGACUGAUGAUGUGAAAGACGUUACAAAACUGGUGGCAAAUCUUCCAAAAGACUAUAAGAUAUCCCUCAAGUAUGUUCCCGGGAUGGACAUUUUGCCUAGUCAUUGUUGGAUAAGUGAGAUGGUGAGACAAUUGACAUUCAGCUUGACUGAGCUUCUGAGCAAGUUUUCAAGUAUUUCUGAAGGCUUGAGUAAUUACUCUAUUAUAGACAAACUUGUGAAGAUAGUGGAUGAUCUGGUGGAGUGCGUGGAGGAACACUUAUCUACGCCUGUAGUAAGAGGAUCUAAGAACCCAGAACCCAGGCUAUUUACUCCUGAAGAAUUCUUUAGCAUUUUUAAUAGAUCCAUAGAUGCCAUCAAGGACUUUAGGGGGACAUCUGAAACAAGUGAUUGUGUGCUUUCUUCAACAUUAAGUCCUGAGGGAGAUUCCAGAGUCAGUGUCACAAAACCAUUUAUGUUACCCCCUGUUGCAGCCAGCUCCCUUAGGAAUGACAGCAGUAGCAGUAAUAGGAAGGCUGAAAAUUCCAUUGACGAUUCCAACCUACAAUGGGCAGCCAUGGCAUUUCUAGCAUUCUUUUCUCUUGUAAUUGGGUUUGCGUUUGGAGCCUUCUACUGGAAGCAGAAACAACCAAAUCUUACAAGGGCAGUUGAAAAUAGACAGAUCAGUGAAGAGGAUAAUGAGAUAAGUAUGUUGCAAGAAAGAGAGAGAGAGUUUCAAGAAGUGUAAUUGUGGCUUGUAUCAACACUGUUACUUUCGUACCCUGGUAAGUUUAUAGAAUUCCAUCUGAGAUAUUUAACACAACCUAUAUGGCAUUGGGUUUGGUUUUCUUCUA